AUGCCGAAGAUUACGGAAGAGUCCUUCGAAGAGCCUGAUGAGGAGGAGGUCGCCAAGAUCGAGAAGCAGCGAAAGAAGAAGGUGGCGAAGUUUGAUCCUGCCAAGCAGCUGGGAGUUUGCCCGCCCCUGGGCUUCUUCGACCCCCUCGGAUUUGCUCCCGUCGGCAAGAGGAAGAACUUCAGAAACUUGCGCACCAUGGAGAUCAAGCAUGGCCGCGUCGCGAUGAUGGCAUCUGUCGGAGCAGUAGUCCAGCACUUUAUUCACCGAGACGACGUUCCUGAGAAGUGGCAGACUUACCUCGGCUCGGUGAAUCCCAACGGCUUGGGUGCAUGUGCGAUCUUCUAUGGGCCUCCUGGAUUCCUGCAGUUGACUGGUCUCGUCUUUGUCGCCUUCAUCAUUGAAUUCAUUGUUUGGGUGGAUCGCGAAGACCGUGAGCCGGGCGACUACGGGAACCCACUGGGCAUUCCGCUCCUCACAGAAGAGAUGCGACUCAAGGAGCUAAACAAUGGCCGGAUGGCCAUGAUCGCGAUCUCCGGUAUUUGCGCAGCGGAGUUGGCAACGGGCAAGGAUGCAGUGGAACAGCUGAUUUUCUGGCAGUGA